GCGCUUUUUUUUCUUCUUUUUUGUCUCUUGCUUCUUUUUUUUUGAUUGCCCUGGUGCUAUUCGUUUCUUCCUCCCACCAGCCUACUGGGGUUCGUACUGAACAUCUUGACUUUGGAUGCAGGGCAGUACUUGUAUUUGUGCCGGUCUUUGUUGAUUCAGUGUAUCCGUGCAUAACAACUCGCGCGCUAUUAACUUCUCGACGUCGACUCUGCAGUGAAAGAUGGUUAGACCAAGCCAAAGCAAGUCAGGGGGUGCUUUCCUUCCAACUGCCAGCACUAGUACUCCCACCUCUUCUCCAUCACCCACCAACACCGGGUCCUCUUCUACACCCGACACCGCUGGGUCCUCUUCUGCAUCUGACGCCGGUGGGACCUCUUCAGACUCUUCUACACCCGACACCAAUGGGGCCCCUUCUAUAACCACAACUUCUUCUACAAUCGACAUCUCCGGGACCUCUCCUAUAAUACCAACUUCUGCAACCCCCACAGCCGUGGUGACCCCACCGACAUCACCCCAAUCUUCCGCUGAACAAAAUACAUCAUCAUCAUCUUCAACAGCUGGGGCAGCAUCAACAUCAUCGGGAAAUACGACCAGCUCGUUAGCAACUUCCUCCACAAAUGUCAAUACCGGCGCCAUAGCAGGCGGCGUUAUCGGUGGAGUCGUUGUCCUAGUAUUGCUCGUCCUCGGACUCAUCCUCCACCGUCGACGCAGAAAACAUGUCGCGCCCUCCUCCGAAUUCGCAGACACCAUUAAACGCGGAGAGAUGCCCGUCCUCCGCCUAGAUUCCGGUGUAGAAAUCGUUCCUUCAUGGGCACGCAAUGACGUCCCUCUACCACUACGACAAGACUCGUAUUACACGAGUCCUGCCAUGUCGAAUAUGAAACUCCUAGAUGGGAUGGGGAUAGGAGGAUCAGAUGAGCAAUCUACGCGUUUCAGUUUAGAAAAAUCGUUGCAGCCUCUUCGACGCUCAGGUCAGCAGGGUUCGGAUGAAUCCAUGAUGAUGGGCAACACGGCGCACAGGGUAUCCAGUAUUGGCAGCUCACAAGAGUUCUGGUCCCGUGACACAGGAAAGUUUGAUACUCGGAAAGACUACAGAUCUAUAUCCCCCCUUCCUACCGACACUAACUACGCGCCCUUGAUGCAAAACACGUACCCCAUGGAGCCUUCUCGCGCAGUGGAGACCUUGCAGAACGCAUAUGCUGAUCUGUGGGAGCUCUCCGUUGUCCCGUUGACGCGCCCACUGCCAGAUUUCGUUCGUAACGGUGCGGAUACACAGCCUUUACCCCCGUUGAGACCUGUACGACCUAGUGUGGACAUUGGGAUUAGGAGGAAGGUUUAACGUUAUUAUUAUUUUUCAUAUAUGUUUACUGAACUUUUAUUUCGGAGUCGGAUUUUUGAUAUUGGUACAUGGUAUUCAUCCACGAGGGUUUAUGUACUGGUAAUCAACCUUCUAGACUCUGAAGUUAUGCGGCGAG